AUGGCUGAACACUACAACUCCCGUGUUGCCUCUGUCACUUUCCAGACUGAGGAACCAUGGCUGCAGCCCCCCCCACUCAGAAGGACAGACUCCGCUCAGGGGGAGUUUUCUCCCCUCAAGCACUUUGUCGAGGCCAAGAAGACGAUCGUCGAAGUGUUUCAACAGCUACUCUUUUAUGUGAAAGAGACCUCAGACUUUGUAGAAGAAACUUAUGGGGACAAAGCUUUGGACAUUAACAUUGAGGAUCAGAAGUUGGAGAUCCAGGCGUAUGCUGACAAACUUGCCAUCAUUAAGGACGUGUUGGCCCGCAGACACAUGAAAGUGGCCUUUUUUGGCAGGACAAGUAAUGGUAAAAGCACAGUGGUCAACGCCAUGCUGAGGGACCGCGUGCUGCCCAGCGGUAUUGGCCACACCACUAACUGCUUCCUGAGUGUGGAGGGCAUAAAUGAAGACAAGGCUUACCUCAAGACAGAGGGCUCUGAUGAGGAGAAGAGCAUCAAGACAGUAAACCAGCUGGCUCACGCUCUCCACAUGGACGAGAGUCUGGACGCAGGCUGUCUCUUACGCGUCUUCUGGCCAAAAACCAAGUGUGCUCUGCUUCGAGAUGACCUGGUGCUUGUAGACAGCCCCGGGACAGAUGUCACAACACAACUGGACAGCUGGAUUGACAAGUUCUGUCUUGAUGCUGAUGUGUUCGUGCUGGUGGCCAACUCUGAAUCCACUCUCAUGAACACGGAAAAGCACUUUUUCCACAAAGUUAAUGAACGUCUGUCAAAGCCGAACAUCUUCAUUCUCAACAACCGUUGGGACGCCUCAGCAAAUGAACCGGAGUACAUGGAGGAUGUGAGGAAGCAGCACACAGACCGGUGUGUCAACUUCCUUGUGGAGGAGUUGAAGGUUGUGGACCGGGAGCAGGCACCCGACCGCAUUUUCUUUGUCUCCGCAAAAGAGGUGCUGAACUCCCGCAUGCAACGUGCACAGGGCAUGCCGGAAUUAGGUGGCGCUCUGGCUGAGGGCUUCCAGGAGAGACUGAAGGAGUUCCAAUGCUUUGAGAGGAAGUUUGAGGAGUGUAUCUCGCAGUCAGCAGUGAAAACAAAGUUUGAGCAGCACACUAUCAGGGCCAAGAAGAUCACAGAAAAAGUCCAGAGCAUCAUGGACGACAUCAACAUCAAGGCAGAGGAGAAAAGGGUGGCGGCGCUGAAGGACCGAGAGUAUCAGAUUGACCGACUGGAGUUUGUCAAGAAUCAACUCAUCCUGCUGAUUUCUGACAUCAAGACAAAGAUUAAAGCCAUAAGUGAAGAAGUGGAAACCAAGGUGUCCGGUGCAAUGGGGGAGGAAAUCUGCCGUCUCCAUGUGAUCGUAGAUGAGUUCCACUCCGACUUCCAGCCCUCACCUCAAAUCCUCAAAAUCUACAAGUCUGAGCUGCUGGCUCAUGUGGAGGAGGGAAUGGGCAAGAACCUGGCCAACCGCUGCUCCGACGCCGUGAAUGCAUCUGUCCAGGUUCCUCAGAAAGAAAUGAUAGAGAGCAUGAUCUCUCUGCUCCCCUCGACGGCCCAGAGCCAAAUCAACAUGCUGGUUCCCAGCAGGAAGUUUGACCUAUGUUACGACCUUAACUGCGCCACACUCUGCAGCGACUUCCAGGAGAACAUUGAGUUUCAGUUUACGUUGGACUGGACAGCGUUGGUCCACCUCUUCCUGGGAUCUGUCAAUGCACUGAGAGCCCUCAGACGGAUGAAUCGGAACCUACAGGGCUCUCGACCAGUACUGCCCGUGGCCCUGACUCCUUCCUCAGGACCGCCCUCCAUAGCAUCGCAAGCAAACCAGGAGACAGCCCUGAUGACCCAGGAGGACCUGACGGUAGCCGUGGCAACAACUGUGUCCUCCCUCACCUCCUGCGUUCUCAUAGUUCAAGGAGUGGUAUGGAGAACAGUCGGCUGGAUGCCGAUUGCCAUCUCGUCCUCGCUGUACGGCUUGAUGUACCUGUACCAGAGACUCACCUGGACGACAAAGGCAAAGGAGCGCACGCUGAAGCGCCAGUUUGUGGACUACGCUACAGAGAAGCUGCAGCUUUUUGUCAGCUUCACUAGUAGCAGCUGCAGCCGCCAGGUCCAAAAGGAGAUGACUUCGUCCUUUACUCGGCUCUGUCAGCAGGUGGAGCAAACGCAAAAAGAGCUGGAGGCAGAAAUCCGCCAACUGACAGUCAAGAUAGAUCAGCUGGAGACUGUCCAGAGCCACUCGAAGAGCCUGCGACACAAAGCCACAGACCUGGAGAGGCAGCUGGAGGUGUUCACGAGCACGUACCUGCAGCUUCCGCAGUGAAGAUGCUCCUCUUCAUCGCUCCACACUUGGUUUCGAGAAGAGCCAGUCAUUCCUCAUUCAGGCGCCACCUCAUCGC